AUGCCCGCCGUUGCUCAAGAAGUCUUGUCUACGCCGGAACCGGCUAUCACCAAGCUUCAGUCCAAAGAUGCUUUCCACCAGCUAGUCGAAGACCUCAGCAAGGUUCUGGGCCCUUCCUCUGGAAUCAAUUCAGACGACGUCGAUCCAAACGACCUGGUAAAGCUCAUGGAGGGCUACGUUUCUCGAGACAAGGAAUGGCAGAAAUAUGCUCUUGGAGACAACAGCCGUGCUUACACCAGAAAUUUGGUCGACCAGGGUAAUGGGAAGAGCAACCUGUUAAUCCUCGUCUGGACGCCAGGCAAAAGCAGCCCCAUCCAUGACCAUGCUGACGCUCACUGCGUUAUGAAGGUUCUUCGAGGCUCGCUGAAAGAAUCACUUUACUCUUGGCCAGAUCGCAACAAGACAAAUGAGGGCAUUCCCUCGCCAUUGGAAAUUAAGAAAGAGACUGUUUUCGGUGAAAAUCAGGUCACGUACAUGUCAGACAAUCUUGGUCUUCACAAAAUUUCCAACGUUAGCACAGAUACCCCUGCGAUUUCUCUUCACUUGUACACCCCACCCAAUGCUGCGAAGGUUGGCUGCCACAUGUAUGACGAGAAGACCGGAAAAUCCAGCCAUGUGCUUCAAUGCAGCUUCUUCUCCGAACUUGGAGUCAGAAUUCCGCAGCCUAACUAA